AUGACGCUCUUUACGUCUUCGAAGUUCAAGGACCUUGACCAGCAGGCUGCCUACGAAGAAUGCUAUAAGGCGUUGUACAAUCAUAAGACGCAAAAUUUUGUGAUUGAAUUCGAUGAUGAGAAUGCAAAUGUUGCAAUAGAUCUUGACGCGAAUUCACUUGGCGACUUCCUAAAUUUCAAGCGUCCAAAUGCUUCAACCACACGAUGGAUCAACAUAUUCUCCCCCGAAAAGCAGGCGGAGCACAUCGCACGGAUUGCUAUCAAAUAUGGCUUGUCACCACGACUCCACGGCAUCAUUAAGUCAAAGCAUUUCACGCCAAAGCGGAGCGCUGUGGACGGUCCAUCUGUUCCACGACCAAGUUGGAGCGCACGAAGUCCACUCAACACCAAGCUUUUCUUUUCUGGUGUCGUCGACCCAGAGAAGGCGAGUGACCAAUCUCUGGAGUCACUCGAUCCACCAGCUCUUGACGUAAACCACUAUACCAUCGUGGACCAAGUCUGGCAUUUUUGCUCCAUUGAUUGGAGUCAAGAAGCACUAUGCAUUGGCUUUAAUUCACUCCCGAAUUUGUCGGUCAACAAAUCCGCCGAUCUCUACAAAGACCCAUCGAGAAACAAGUUCAAGAGGAAGUUGCGAGAUAGCCAGCAAGCUAAUACCCUGGGAGACAACAGAAACAGUAAGCCAGGUGGUCAUCGGGUCUGGACUUGGCUGCUCCUCUGCGGUGAUGAUACGGUCAUCUCAAUUCAUGAAGACCCAUUUCCAUCGCAUGAGCAGGGUCUCUCCCCAGAAGAUGAAAAGACACUCAAAGUUGUGAGGAGGAAUCUGUGUAAUGUCUUCAAGCAAUUGUCAAGGCUUAACGAGAACAAGCGUAGGGAGCGUCCGAUCGAAACGCUCGACAUCCGGCCGGGCCUACUCACUUUCGAGGGAUCUUCAGUCACUAUCGCGGACUCCGCCGGUUUACUUUUUCAUUACCUGUUUGACGACUGGUAUACCACUUACGCCCUGGUUGCAAGGCAGGGAGACCAGUAUGCCAAUGUUUUGGACAUCUUGGUAAAAGGCUAUGUUGUCGCUCGCACAAAAAUGUUCAAUCGGGCUCAGCUAGAAAGGGUGGAGCAGCUUCAUCAGACUGGCCGCCAGCUUGCAGUGUUGAAACGGAUGUAUCAAAGCUAUGUACUCAUCAUCGACCAGAUUUUGAACCGGCAAGGGCGUUCAAAGCUGCAGCAGGCACCUGAUGGUACCGGACAAGGAGGAGGACAGAUGGUUGAGCAAGACAAUGAAGCCUUCAAGGCCCCAUUAACGCCUAAAGCUGCUGUCAAAUUCGAAAGGCUGAGAGACAGAAUCAAGCUGUAUGCAUUGAGCGAGAUUGAAGAAUGUCUGCAGGAGAAAGAGACAUUGACCUUCUUAAACUUCAACUUGAUUACCAUGCGACAGUCAGAAGCAGUUGAAAAGUUGACGCGGAUUACAAUCUUGCUCGCCAAAGUGACGAUCUUGUUCAUGCCGGUCAGUCUCAUGACAGGGUAUUUCUCCGUCCAGAUUGAGGACCUCACGGGUGUGUACACGGCCAGGACAUACUGGGUCUGCUUCGCGGUGAUCAUGUCACUUUCAUUCUUCUUUCUGUUGGUGUUCGGAGUGAUCAGCCAUACAUUGGAGGGCGGCAUGAUCUACAAGUCGAUCACGAAAGCGACCCUAGACAUCGCUCGAGCGCCAUCGACACUGUUGAGAGGACAGAAGCAGCAUAAUGGAUGA